AUGGGCGUAUCAGGACACGCUUCUGGUGGUACGACCGAAGCAGUGACGGCGACGAUGACGGUGUUAUCCUUCAUAGCCGUCUCGAUGAGGCUUUACGCAAGAUUGGGCGUCUCGAAAAAUGCAGGAUGGGAUGAUCUUCUAAUCUCGUUCUCUUGGGUAGGAGGAAGACGGACUCCAGACGAAGAGCAGCAAACUGGCAUGCUAACUUUCAGUGCAGAUAUUCGCCGUCGCAACCACCAUAGCCAUGUUCAUCCAGGUGGCCAAUGGAAUGAGCCGACAUGCGCACACGAUCACUCCUUCCGAGCUGCCGGUCAUGCUCAAGGCAUUCUACGUGUCCAUAGUCUUUUACAAUCUAUCUCUGUCAUGUACCAAGGUGAGCUCGCCACUCCACCAUCCUUGACUCGGUCCAUUGACGGAAUCCCAAGAUAUCCAUCCUGACCCAAUACCUCCGAAUUUUUCCCCAGAAGAAGUUCCGCAUAGCUUGCUACAUUGUCCUCGCAGCUGUGGUGGCGUACUCCAUCGCCGUAUUCUGUACGAGCGUCUUCUUCUGCCACCCAAUCGCCUACUUCUGGGAUACUUCCAUCGAGGGCGGGAAAUGCUUGGAUAAGUUUGCUGUAUGGUGAGUUAGACCGUAUACUCCGUGUUAAGUGGGUUCGAACUAACGGGUUCAAAUAGGUUUGCGAAUGCAGGUAUAAACAUUAGCACCGAUCUCAUGACUGCAAUCCUCCCGCUCCCGGUCCUUGGACAAUUGGAGCUCCCGAGGCGUCAACGGCGGGCUCUCGUGAUAGUCUUUGCUCUCGGUGGCUGUACGUACACGACUGUUGCUCUGCAGAGUACUCCCACUGACCUGUCCCUAACAGUCACCUGCAUCACUUCCAUCCUACGCCUGGAAGCCCUCUACGCGGUCUCCGUAGGUCUUCCCGCAAAAACGAUUUUGUCUUCUAUUACCUCCGUUCUAACAAACAAUCCAUAGCGCGCGACCGACAUCAGCUGGCAAAACCCCCUCGCAGCAAUCUGGUCCAACGUCGAAGUCAACACCGCGAUCAUCUGCUCCUGUCUCCCCACCCUCCGCUGCAUCUUCCCCAAACUCCUCAACAAGAGUCAGCAAUACUCCUUCACAGGCGGCUCUCGCGCUCGCGAGGGCCUGAGCCAUAGCAACGCCAACAAUCCCCCCAACGGCACCACGAACAAGACCGAAAACGCCCCCCAUCACCACCACCACCGUACGAGCCCCAUCAAACUCGGCAAGAUCAAAAACUUGGUCUCGCGGUCUUACAGCCAGGACAACAAGAGCGAGACCAGCCUCGAAGCCUUCGGCCGCUCGCUCGACUCCGGCGCGUGCGAGCGGAAAUUCACGCGGAGCACCUGUGUCGGCACGGACGGGAUGAAUUUCGACGAGAUUGAGCUCGCGCGCACCCCGUCGGCGAAGCGGGAGGUGCUACCCAGCGGGAGGAUACAUAUGAUGACGACCAUCGAGCAGGAAGUCGAAGUGUCCUGUGACCGGGAGAGUCAGGAUUUUGUAAAAGCACGCGGAUUUGACGCGGUAUGA